GGUCCGCGGGGUCCGGGCAGAGCGCGCGGAGGCGGGACGGGACGGUACGGGGCCGGGCCGGGGCCAGGCUGGGCCGGGCCGGCGGGAUGGGGUGCACCGUGAGCGCCGAGGACAAGGCGGCGGCCGAGCGCUCGAAGAUGAUCGACAAGAAUCUGCGGGAGGACGGCGAGAAGGCGGCGCGGGAGGUAAAGCUUCUGCUCCUCGGUGCCGGAGAGUCCGGGAAGAGCACAAUUGUUAAACAGAUGAAGAUUAUCCACGAGGACGGUUACUCGGAGGAGGAGUGCCGGCAGUACAAGGCUGUGGUCUACAGCAACACCAUCCAGUCCAUCAUGGCCAUUAUCAAGGCCAUGGGCAACCUGCAGAUUGACUUUGGGGACCCUUCGAGAGCGGACGAUGCCCGCCAGCUGUUUGCCCUGUCCUGCACUGCAGAGGAGCAGGGCAUCAUGCCCGAUGACCUGGCCAGCGUGAUCCGGAGACUGUGGUCAGAUGAUGGUGUGCAGGCCUGCUUUGGCCGCUCCCGGGAGUACCAGCUCAACGACUCAGCGGCCUACUAUCUGAAUGACCUGGAAAGGAUAUCUCGGUCCGAUUACAUCCCCACCCAACAGGAUGUACUGAGAACCCGCGUAAAGACCACUGGCAUUGUGGAGACUCAUUUCACCUUCAAGGAUCUGCACUUCAAGAUGUUUGAUGUGGGCGGGCAGAGGUCCGAGCGGAAGAAGUGGAUUCACUGUUUCGAGGGCGUGACGGCCAUCAUCUUCUGUGUGGCCCUGAGCGCCUAUGACCUGGUCCUGGCCGAAGAUGAGGAGAUGAAUCGAAUGCACGAGAGCAUGAAGCUUUUUGAUAGCAUCUGCAACAACAAGUGGUUCACAGACACCUCCAUCAUCCUUUUCCUCAAUAAGAAGGACCUGUUUGAAGAGAAGAUCACUCACAGCCCCCUCACCAUCUGCUUUCCCGAGUAUUCAGGGGCGAACAAGUAUGACGAGGCCGCCAGCUACAUCCAGAGCAAGUUCGAGGACCUGAACAAGCGGAAGGACACCAAGGAAAUCUACACGCACUUCACGUGUGCCACCGACACCAAGAACGUGCAGUUCGUGUUCGACGCCGUCACCGACGUCAUCAUCAAAAACAACCUGAAGGACUGCGGCCUCUUCUGAGCAGGCGGCCGAGGGCCUGCGGGCAGGAGGACCACUCGAGCUGCUCAGUCUCUGAGCAGGAGGAAGAUGCAGACAGGACCAAGAAAGGAAGGAUGCACCAUGAUAGCGACUCCAACUUCUCUCCCCACAGCCUCCUCCCCCUCCCUCUGUUUCCAUGUUCUGGUUUCUCCCCACCUAACAAAGAGACUUUGGUGAAGAGUAUGGAAGGCGGAGGCCCCCCGAGCCUGCGGGCCUGCCGCCGGGAGGGCCCUUCCGCCCCCCGCCCUUGCCUCCCCCUCCCUCCGCAGCAGCCCCCUCAGCUCCGCCCCGGGCCGCAUCCCGCUUUCUCUUCUACUUUAUUCUGUGUUGGGGGGAGGGGGGUGUCGGUCUUUCUGAAACUCGGGUUCGUGGUAAAGGAAAUCCUGUAUUUCUCUGGCCAAUACUGUCGGCCCCUCUGCCUUGCCAGGACCCCCAGCCCAGCCCCGGUCAGCGUUUAUGGCCCCCAGGCCCUACACUCGGUGAGCCCCUCGCCGGCCGUGCCCGGCCCGCUCGGGGCAUCGGGGAGCCCUUCCAGGAUAAAGCACAAACCCACCCUGAGCAGGACGGGGACAGCGAUGACAACAUUCCUUAGCCCAGAAGUCCCAAAGCUCCUCUCUGUUUUUCUUGGACCUUUUGUGUGUAUGUUUUUUUAAAAUAUAAAACAAAACUGUAGGGACCUUUUUAGAGAAGACUAUUUAAAACUGUCAUGUACUAAAUGGCUGAGUCGUCCUGAUCUGUGCUGGAUCACCUCCUCCAGGGGAGCCCGUGCCUUGGCUUGUCUGUCUGUUUACAUCUGUCUGUCUCAUUGCUUGCUCUGGCCCUGGGGGCUGUUGUGGGGGCUUCGCCUGUGUCCCGUGUCCCCCGACAAGGGGACAGCAGCCUCUCCAGCCGCUCAAAGCCUCAUCUCCUUCCCCCUCUUCCUUUUCUUCUUCAUUCCAACUCCCCCCACCCAGAAUUCUCCGUUCCAGUCCGUCUCCCGUCCCCCCCAACAAAGGUUCCAAAGGGCUAAGUCUCGAGUCAACUGCCAACGUCACCGGGGGCUUCUCCUCAUCUCCCACUCCCCCACCCCUGCCCCGUCCCCCUUCGGCAGCUCUCCCGUCAGCUCCAUUAACUGUAGCUCCUUAGCUCUAACGAUAGGAAAGUCCACUGCCAUGAGGGCUCCCGUCUUCAUCCUCAUCCUCAGUCCCCCGAACCCUGCCCCAGGCCCCAGAGUCAACAGCAUCGGAUGCCUCCUCGCUUUUUUCACACGUUUUAUCAAAUUGUUCACCUGGUUUGAAAUAAUAAAAUGUAGAAAGAAAAACA